AUGACCAAAAAUAUGCUAUCGUAUACUGGAGGAGGCCUUGUUGGUCUCAUCAUUCUCAUUUUGGACCUUAUCGUCAUUUUUGAAGUGAUCAACUCGACUCGUUCUAUCCAAGGCAAGAUUGGCUGGUCGUUGCUUGUCUUUUUCUUCCCAGUGGUUGGAAUCAUCAUCUAUUUCCUUUUCAGCAAUCGUGCUGAGCAUAACGCCCACUAUGAAGCCAUUGCAUAG